CAGUUGAUAUUAAAGCAGAGAAAGCAUAUACGAAGUUGAUUCAAAUGGGUACAACAGAUGGUAUGCCUGUUGAUAUAAGAAAUGAAAGGGAUUUACAUGAUCCAUGGCAAAAUACAGACAAUAAGUAUGAUGAAAGUUUGAACUAUUUUGGUUUGCAUGUUGAAGAUGCCUGGAAAAAGGGUUACAACGGAAGUGGUAUUACAAUUGCUGUUACGGACAUAGGAAUAUCUGCUGACAUCGUCGACCUUAGAAAAAAUCUGAAUAUGGAAUUGGCUUAUAAUUUCCUAGACAAAACAACAGACGUGUCUCCAGAAGACAUCGACAAUAACUAUAAGGCAGAGUCAAUGCGUUAUAUCGAUCACGGUAAUCGAUGCGCAAGUAUAAUAGCUGCUGAGAAAGGAAACGGAUUGUGCAAUGCUGGAAUCGCCUUUGCUGGAAAAGUUGUCCCGUUAAAGAUAUUUUCCGUGUUGUAUAAACACAGAAUAUUUAUACUAAACACAUCCAGUGAUAUCAUGGGUGCUGCUUUAUCGUACCAUAUCGAAGAUAUUCAUAUCUACUCAAACAGCUGGUCGCCACCCAGAAGGUUUGGGCCAAUUGACGAUGUGUUGGCCAAAGCUAUUUUUCACGGAGCAACAAAGGGAAGGAAUGGGCUUGGAUCAAUCUAUGUUUUUCCGGAUGGAUCCGAUGGAAUUACAGGCAGUGGGUACGCGAACAAUAUAUAUACCAUUGCAGUCAAUAGCGUAAAUAUUGGAGGUUCCUUGCCAAAGAAUUCCGAAGUUAGCGCAUGCGUGAUAACAUCUGGCCUCGGUGAUGGAAAUAGACUCAAUACAAAUAAUAUGAUGACAUCAUCAUUCAACAAUGCAUGUGUUGGAUCGUUCAAGGGCGUUUCGGCGGCUGUUGCAGAAGUGUCUGCCAUCAUAGCUCUAGUCUUACAAGCAAGAUCUGAUUUAACACUCAGGGAUAUUCAGCUCUUACUAGCAGAAUCAUCGGACCUAGAGGGUCUUGCAGAAUCGAAAUUAUUUAAUCGGAAUGCAGCCGGCAAAUACUUUCAUGCUGUCUUGGGGUUUGGUUUACUGAAUGCCGACAAAGCUGUUACAAAAGCGAAGACGUGGCGUCAUGUUGGAAAGCUCUAUACUAAUUCGCUAGACUACGUGCGAGUUCACUCUGAGACAUUCGAAAAGCGAAGACAAUCUGUUAAGAUGGUGACGACAAUAGAGUUCAAUAUGGAAGCAGAUCCAUAUCGUCCUCAUGUAAGUACCAUAGAGCAAGUAGUGUUACGUAUAGGUCACGAUGUCAUUAAUCAGGAGGGUGUUUGCGUUGAAAUCGUUUCUCCAAGCAAGACAACGUCUGUUAUUGUAGAUAAUACAGAUGGCAAAAAUAUUGACCAGGACAAUGCACCUAGAGAUUUGACCAGUGUCCACUUCUUGGGAGAAUCUCCAGUUGGAAACUGGACGGUUAGAAUACAUUUUGGUCAGAAAUCAGCCUUGACGAACCUCGGAUCAACAACAUCUUUAACUGUUUAUGGAACUUUUAAUAAAACUAAAGCCAGUAAAGGAAAAUACACCAUCAUGUCCUCAACUGCAGCGGAUAAAUUAGCAGACGGUGAAGACAACUUUACGGAAAAUAGCAAGAACAUUAAAGAACAUGUUGGUAACACAAUGAAACCUGAAUCUGGCGCGGCAUCUCAGAAACUAUUCAAUAAUAAACUUACAUACGUUUUGAUGGGUUUAAUAAUAAAGAUUUACUACACGGUGCUAUGUCAACUCCAUUAGAAUGUAGCAUUAAUUAACAAGUGAAAUUACUUGUGCGUCUUUGAGUUUGAUACCAUGAAUAUAUAAAAAUAGAAACAUGUAAAUAAUCAAUCAGAUAGCAGUAAAAUAUAAGGGAAGUGGCAACAUGCAUAACUUGAUUCAAUAACUUUAUAGUAUACUACUUAAUAACUUUAAUUGAUUUUCACAUAUUUCUACUUGAAAUUUGUUUGAUAUUGAUGUUAAAAACCGUAUGAGAUUUAUACUUUAAAUACGCAAUGCAUUAUCUCUUAUUUUAAUAUUUGUUGCUUGUACACAUUUGUAUAAUCUUUCUUGAAUCAUUCAACUUAUCUCUUGUUGUUUAUUUAAGUUUAUGAUUAACUUUCUUCAAAUAUUUGUUACAUUUUAACGCAUUUGCUAAACCUCCACAUUUUGCUUCAUAUAAACGAUAACUGAUGCAAAAAUAUGACAUGAAAAUAACUAAACAGUCUUGCCAAUCUACCGCUUUUAAAAUACAUGUAUAUCAGAGUGAGGAUAUGAAGUAGUUUGGGACCUUCUUUCGAUUUGCUUUAUUAAUUUAUUGAAAUCUUAACUGAUGAAAUAAUAUUUAUUCUCCUUUGUUUUUGCUCAAGUUUCUUCCAAGACGAAAUCCAAACCCUGAAGUCCCUGCAUAGUUUAAAAUAGUGUCAACAGUAAGGGUAAAUUACAUGUACAACUUUGUCUAGUCAUUAAUUUAUUUCUUUUUUUUUUCAUUUUUAUUUUCAAAAUUUAGUUAUUUUAUUACAUAAAGUACAUUUUUGUAGUUGAAGUAUCGGAAUAAGUAUGAUAUAAAACUUCGGACUGUUGCUAAUCUUAUAACGUGUAGCUCGAUGUACAUUUUUGAGAAUACACACGUUUUUGUUUUUGUACAAUCCACGUAUUCUUUUACAUGCAUUUAUGUAUUGAAUAGUCGCAGAAGAUGUAUAUUAUAUUUUUUUACAAAUAUCAGAUAAUAUCUUGACUAGAGGAACAGAAUCUCUUAUAUAGUAUCAUGCAUGUAUAUAUUUGUUUAACAGGCAUGUUUUGGAAAAUUUAAUCGUCUUAUACAACAAAAUUUUAUAGAGAUUAAAUCACACGUGGUUUUACUUCAUUUUUAUUGACUUUUUUACUAAUUGUGUUUUGUCAAGUGUUUAUACAUUUAUCUUUUUUAAUAAUAGGUAAAGAGUUGAGUCUCAAUACCAAUGAUUGUUUAUUAUUAUGAUAUUUUAUUUUUGGUAUCUUGUCUCUAUAAAAAUAUUCAUUUGUCAUAUAGAUAAAUUACCUUUGCUUCUGUGGCUCUGAGAGCAUUUGAUAUAAUUAUAGUUAAUUAGUAUUUUGUAUGGAAGUCAAAAUACUACUUUGUUUACAUUUUGCUACCUUUGCGGCACAUUACUUCACGUUCACUGCUAUUUUCGUCAGCUGCUAUCUCUCAUGCUCUAAAUCUAUACAUUAACACAUGUUGGACAGUUCUAAAGAAUUAUAAAAUGUGGAUCUACGAGGCAUAAUAUACCUUUAAAGUGUAUAAAGCUAUAUAUUUGAUUUUUUUAUUGUCAAAAUAUUGUUUGUGAUUCACAUGGUUACAGAAUAUCUGGAGUGCUAGAAAUUUAUCAGUAUAUUGAAAACAAAAAGAGUGGGACCUGCGUGUAUUCAACACCAACAUAUUAAAAUAGCAGCGCUGGUAUAAUUUUAUUUCGUUUGCGUACAGUAAUUAUGUUUAUAAGAUUACAUAGAUAUUCUAUGACACCUUUCAAGAAAAAGACAAUAAGGGUAUAAAACAACAUAAUUUUGAUAAAAUAUUACAUCAGAUAUAGCUUGAUACACUUUAAUACAUGCAUAAUAAUUUUAUUCUAAACUUUUAACUUUAUGUAUUUGUCAAAGAAGAAGCAAUGUGUCAUUACGUCUUUUGCAUAAUUAUUAUCUUUUAACAUGAUUAUUAAUAGUUUACCCCAGUCCUGUGCCCAUUUCAACAAGUUAUUUCGAGCUAAAACAUAUGGUAAUCCUUACAGGGGUAAACCUUACGGGGUUAGACUGUUGUGGUGUUUAUGUAUUUUUUUUUUGAUUGCUCAAGUAACUUCUGCUGUGAACAGAAACAGGCAUAGCCGGAAGUCAUGUCAAUGGGAUUUUUGCUUUGAGGCUUUUUGCUAGUCAUUAUAUAAUACAUAAUUAUUUCUUAAAUGGGCAACCUGAAUUAUUUUUUUUGUAUUAUACACGUUACAGGCAUUUAUUAAAAAUCUAAGUCGAUUCGUAUAAUUAUGUAAUUUUAUGGAGAUCUAGUUAAGCUUUUAUUAUUUUCUUAGUAAAAUGUUCUGAUGUCAGGUACUAGAAAGCUUAUAUAACCCUGUUAGAUCGGAAACAUGUUAGAAGAAGUCUAAAUAUAAUUGUAAUGAUUUCAUUAUAAAAGAUAACGAUACCUUUAUUCAUAAUUAUAAAUAUUGUGACGUCAUUGUCAUGACACGAUUAUGUGUAAGAAUAGUCAUUUACAAGAUCAUUUGUAAAAAUAGUGAAGAUUAUGUAUAUAUUAACAUAAAUAAUAAAAAAUGCAUUAAUUUACUAUAUUUAAAUUGAAUAUUGACAUGUUCAAGUAGUUAUAAACAUCUUUUAUGUAUGUUAUAAUAAAAUAGUAUUAUCAUGUUUAU